ACUACAUUCUGCAACGGCCAAUCAACAUUUGCCUUUCGUUGAAGAACGUCUAAUCGAACAUUAUCUUGAAAAAGAAGGCAUAGAACUUUCCGUUUUAAAAAUAAUUCAUAAACUAACCGAGAAAGAAUCUAAUUCAAAUUAAAGAAAUAAAGUUAACUUCAACAAAUUGGAAAACAGGAGUAUGAAUUUUAAAUUAAUUGCGGGAGUCUGCUGUAUCCUGCUAAAUUUCAUAGAAAUUGAAGCAGCUACAACAGGCGCAGGAACUUGCACGGCUAUAAAAAAUUGCGAUACAUGUAGCGAUACUGGGCUAGUAUGUAAAGUUUGUCCAGCUGGAUAUGUGAUUGCUAAUACAAGAGUUAAAUGUUUACCAUGCGCUGAUAAAUGUGCAAUUUGCAAUAAUACGGAAGGCGAUAAAACGGAAUGUAAAACAUGCAUUACAGGCUACUGGUUGAAAGAUUCGGAUAAAACUUGUCAAAAGUGCCCAACCAAUUGCGCCACCUGUGAGGACAAAAAUAAUGAUGGAACACCAGAAUGUCUUACUUGUAUAGCCGUACAUGGCAUGAAAAAAGACAAAACGGAUUGCGUCCCUUGCGGAACACCAAUGCCCGGAUGUACAACCUGCUCUGAUGAGAAUAAUGACGGAACCGCAGAUAGAUGUGAAGUAUGUAUCUCUUCAAAAGGUUUAAAAGGAGAUAAAAGUGGUUGCGUAGAUUGUCCUUCAAAAUGUUCGAAAUGUGCCGAUUCUGACAGCAAUGGUGUAGCAGAAUGUUCCGCCUGCGUUUCUGCUUACGGUUUAAAACCAGAUAAAACUGAUUGUCUUGCAUGUUCAAGUAUUUCUUCAGCUUGCAUGGAAUGUGAUAUCAAGUCUGAUAAUAGUGCUCCCGAAUUCUGUACCAAAUGCUCAAGUGGUUAUGUUAUUCCUGGUAACAAAAAGAGUUGUACUGUAUGCCCAGCUGGUUGUAAAUCAGACGCUUGUUCUGAUGCUGGUAAUACUGGUACAGCAACUUGUACCGAUUGCGUAAAUGGUUAUGGAGUUAAAACUGAUAAAAGUGGUUGUGUUGCAUGUAAACCAAAUUGCUUAACAUGCACAGUAGACGCUGCGGGAACAACUACAACAUGUACCAAAUGUAGAACCUAUUAUGAAAUAGUACAAAUGAAGACUUGCGAUUUCUGUCCUGAUAAUUGUUUGAGCUGUGAAAUAAUAAAUGGAAAAGUUGUUUGUAAAUCUGCCGGCUGUAGAACCGGAUACGCCUGGAAUUCGGCAUCAGGAACAUGCCAUAUUUGCCCACCAAACUGCGUCUCUUGUACUUAUACUUCUGGUAUAACUAAAUGCAAAUCUUCUAGCUGUAAAUCUGGUUUUGCUGUUCGAUCCAGUGAUGGAAAAUGUUACAAAUGCCCUGAUAGAUGUACAGAAUGCACUGACGAUGGUACAACAACAAAAUGUUUAUGGAAUAAAUGCUCAGCGGGAUCAGCCUACAAAGGAGAUGAUGGCACAUGUCCAGAAUGUCCUUCUGGUUGUACAUAUUGCUAUGCUGAUAAAGAAUACUUGAUCAAGUGCGCUGUUUGCGCUUCAAAGAAGACCGUGAAUGCCGAUAAAUCUGGUUGUGUUGAUUGUCCUUCAAACUGCAAAAUGUGCGAAAUAAUCGAUGGUCAAUCCAAAUGUAUGAAUCAACAAUGCGAUCCUGGUUACUAUAGAGAAAGUAACGGACGAUGCACAUCGUGCCCAUCUGGUUGUCUAGCUUGUACAAAAUCUGGUUCAACAGUUACAUGCAUUGAAUGUAAAUCAACUUACGCCAUGAAAACCACAGAUAAAACAUGCCACUUGUGCUCCAAUUGUAAAUCUGGUCAAUGUGUCUUUGACACAACAGCGAAUUCAGCCAAAUGUAAUACUGGUCAGUGUAAUCAAGGAUAUGUAAGACAUACUGAUGGAACUUGUAGAGCUUGCCCAAGUAAUUGUCUUACCUGUACAACGGAUGGAAGUACGCAAACUUGUCAAACUUGUGUAGCAAAUCAUCACAAAAUUUCGGCAAAAAAAUGUAUCGCCUGUCCACCUGGUUGUAGCGACUGUUCCCUUAGUGGAGGUAGAGUUAUUUGUUCUACCUGUUCUAGUGGUUAUGUGAAACGAACCGGAACUAACGUCUGCCAUAAAUGUCCCGACAACUGUAAUUCUUGUACCAUAACUGUUGAUCAAACUGUUGCCAAGACAGUUUGUCAAACAUGUAAUGCCAAAUUUGCUAAAUCAAAUGGUCUUUGUGUCGCAUGUUCGUCGAAUUGCGCAUCUUGCACGACUGCUGGUGGAGGUAAAUGUGAUACAUGCCUUAGUGGAUUUAAACAAAAUUCUGGAACAAAAUUAUGCGAAGCUUGCACCUCAAACUGCCUGACCUGUGCUACGAAUGGACCAGGCAAAUGCGAUACUUGUCUGCCCGGUUACAAAAAGAAAGCUGACAAUACGGCCUGUGAUGAAUGCGCAGAUAGAGCCAACUGUGAAACUUGCGCUUCUUUGGGUGCUGCGAAAUGUGAUAAAUGUAAAUUGGGAUAUCAAGUUAAAGACAAUAAUCUGAUUUGUUUGGCUUGUCCAAGUAAUUGUGAUCACUGUACACAAGUUACUGGAACAGAUAAUACUGAAUGCAAACCAGGAGGAUGCAAACCGGGAUACACACAAAAGAGAGACAGGAGUUGCUUUGCAUGUCCUGCAGGUUGCGCUAGAUGUUCCAUGAAUUCUGACGAAUCGGCUGCUACCUGUGAUUCUAACAAAUGUAAACAUGGAUAUGCUUAUAAUUCCGGAGCUUGUGUUGCUUGUCCAAGUAACUGUAUUAAAUGCGAUACAACUGGAAAAUGUCUGGAUAGAGGUUGUGCUCAGCGUUUUAGAAGGAGUAGUGAUGGUUUAACCUGCAUCGGAUGUAGUAGCAACUGCCUAAAAUGCAACACCAUCAGCAGUGGAACAAAAUGUGAUUCUGACGGAUGUGAAAAUGGAUACGCAUAUGUUUCGGGUUCCCAAACCUGUUCAGCUUGUCAAGCCACUCAUUGUUCAAGAUGUACUGAGGCUGGAAAAUGUAUGUCUGGUCAGUGUAUUGGAAAUACCUUCUUUGAUUCUGGUACCAGCACCUGCAAAGUUUGUGAUACUAACUGUAACUCUGGUCAGUGUACCGCGGAAAAUAAAUGUAAUGCAGGACAAUGUUCAUCUCCCUAUGUGUACAAAACCAGCGACCAAACAUGCGUUGCAUGCCAUGCAAGUUGUGAAUCAGGUCAAUGUGCUACCCAAGGAGCAAGUGGAGGAGCUGGAAAAUGCGACAAAAAUAAAUGUAUUAUUACAAAAAGGUACAAAUCCGAUCAUACAUGUGAAGCCUGUUCUGGUGGCUGUGAUAUUUGCGAAGCAAAUGGAGUGGGAAAAUGCGAUAUUGGUAAAUGCCAGCUUGGAUACAGAAGAAAGAGUGAUUUUACUUGCGAACCCUGCGAUGUCACAAACUGUGGUGACUGUCAAGCUGAUAAAGCUAAAUGUACAACCUGUAAACCAAAAUUCCAGAGAGCUAGUGAUACAAGUUGCGUUCCUUGUGAAACCAAUUGCAACAAUUGUGACAUUAGAGGAAAUAAUAAAUGUGAUGAUGGAAAGUGUACUGCUGGUUAUGCAAUGAAUCCAUCAACAAGGGCCUGCGAAGCUUGUCAAACUGGCUGCACGAAAUGUUCAGUAGAAGGAGUAGGAAAAUGUGACGGAGCCGCUUAUUGUCCAUCACCUCAAGGUUAUGAUAGUUCUUCAAAGAUGUGUAUUGCUUGCGACUCCAACUGCAAAGCUAAGCAAUGUACAACUGCUAGCCAGUGUAACGCUGGUCAAUGUAACGAUGGAUUUUUUCUCGAUGGAAACACCUGUUCAGCAUGUACUGCUGGAUGUAAAACGUGUAGUGCCUCUGGAGCUGAUAAAUGUAGAUCGUGCGUAGCUGGUCGAAUUGCCUCAGCUACUAGUGGCGACUUUUACUGUACAACCGGUUGUAGUGGCAAUUGUGCAACUUGCACUGAUGCUGCUGAUGCCACUAAAUGUACAACUUGUAAACUUGGAUAUGGUCUUGCUGCGGUAGGCGUUACAGGAGAAUGCACAGCAUGUAAUGCAGCCUGCUUGACUUGCGCGCAGUCGGGUAGUGACGCUCACUGUACAUCAUGCUUACCCGGAUUAACUUACAGUAUUCAAAAUAGUGGGGACGCAUUUGGAAAAUGCCUGGCUUGUCAUCAUUCUUGCGCAACUUGUAGCACGACAAACGAAGCUUCGAAAUGCAGAACAUGUAGAGAUUCUUAUAAAAAAUCAACAUCUGACCUUGCAGAAGGAACUUGUACACCAUGUCACUUUUCGUGUAAGACAUGUGAUGGUGCAACAUCGAAUGAUUGUAAGUCGUGCUUCAGUGGCUGGCUUCAAACUGGAGAUCCCGGAACUUGUACAAAAUGUCAUCCAACUUGCCUAACCUGCUCGGCGACCAAAGAUAGAGCAAAAUGUCGAACCUGUGCUAGUAAUUACGUUUUUGAAGUUGUUAGCGGAAAUGAUGGAACUUGUACAAAAUGCCAUUCUACUUGUGCAAAAUGUGAAAAAGGCGGUGACAGCGAUAAGUGUUUGACAUGUCCUAGUAAUGCUAUUUUAACAAAAGUAUCUUCAACGGCCGGAUAUUGUACAGCUUGCGAUGCCUCUUGUGCAACAUGUAGUGAAGGGGGUAGUGCUAGUAAGUGUUUAACUUGCCCGAGUGGAAAGGCCCAUAGUGCUCCUGGAUCAGAUGGAACAUGCACAAAUUGUGAUUCUACUUGUGCAACUUGUAGCGCACCUGCAGAUGCUAGCAAAUGUUUGACCUGCCCUACUAACUCUGUGAAAAGUAAUAAUCCUGGCGUUGAUGGAACAUGCACUGCUUGUGAUAGUAGUUGUGCGACUUGUAGCGAAGGUGGAAAUGCAAAUAAAUGUUUAACUUGCGCUUCGGACAAAUUUCUGUCUGUUCAAUCUGGGCAAGAAGGAACUUGCACAGCUUGCCAUAGCGACUGUAAAACUUGCACUGCUGCUGGAGCUUCUAACUGUAGAACUUGUAUAGAUGGUAAAUUUCACGCUACUAACGACGGAGCUGCUGGAGCAUGUACAGACUGUACUGGCAGUUGUGCAACUUGCGCUCAAACUGGAGCAGACAAGUGUUUGACGUGUCCUGCAAAAAAUUUUCAUGAUACUCCUGGAGCCGAAGGAACCUGUGCAGCUUGCGAUCCAAGCUGCACAACUUGUAGCGCGGGAGCAGCUGGUAACUGCCUUAGUUGCGCUGCAAAUGAAUAUCAUUCUGAUCCAACUGGUGUUGCUGAUGGAACAUGUGCAACUUGUCCCACUGACUGUACGACCUGUGCGGCAGAUAAUGAUUGUUUAACAUGCAGUAACAAUAAGGGAAUCGAUAAUACUGAUAAACACACUUGCACUAUCACUUGUCAAAGCGGAUGCAUUGCAACAAAUAGUCAAGGUGAAUGCGUUGCUGCAUCGAAAUGCAACUAUGGCUAUUGUCCGUCGGGACAAUUCUUCGAUCAUACUAAUCGUGUCUGCGUAGCAAACUGCGAUGGAAACUGUCAAACUAAUAAAUGUAUUGCAAGUGGAAGAGGUGGUGCAUGCGACGAUUGGAUGUGUAUUGAUGGAAAAACUCAUGCAAAUCAUGCCGGCAAUUCCUUUGCUUGUACAAGCAGCUGUGCAUCCAAUUGUAAGAGAUGUGAUAGAGAAGGAUCAGGAAAAUGCGAUAAGCAUAUGUGCAUGUCUGGAUAUGUUUGGGUUGAUGAAAGUACCUGUUCAAAAUGUGCCGACAACUGUGCCUCUUGCGACACCGAAGGAGCAGGAAAGUGUGACGAAGGAAAAUGUAACUCCAAUUAUGGAAGAAAAACAGAUAAGACAUGUGGACAAUGCGCCUCUAAUUGCAUAUAUUGUGAUAAAAUGGGAGAAGGUAAAUGCGAUAGAGAUAUGUGUAAGAAUGGUUACAUAUAUGAUGAGUCCAGUCAUACUUGUGUUCAAUGCCAUAAUAAGUGCCAACCUCAUGAAUGUGAUGCUAGUGGAAGAUUCGCUGGAAAAUGUAAUGAUGGAAAGUGUAUGACCAACUAUUUCCUUACUGGAUCCUUUAAUUGUGAAGGAUGUCACGCAAAUUGUAACACUGGCCAAUGUACAACUGCUGGACAAUGUAAUGCAAACCAAUGUACAACCGGUUAUUUCUUGCAUACUGAUAGUACUUGUCAACAAUGUGAUGCACACUGCAGUGCUUGCAGUGUAGCAGGAAAAUGUAACAGCAAUGCUUGUAAUGUUGGUUACGUUUAUGAAGCAUCAUCUCAAACCUGCAAAGCUACUACUUGUGGAUCGAACCAAGCUAUGAAACGAGAUGGAACCUGUGUCAACUGUCCUGCUGGUUGUUUACAUUGCGGAGUUAAUAAUGAUGAUUCAACCAGCUAUUGUUUGUCUGGAUUCUGUAUGCAUGGCUAUGUCCAAAGUACAACAGAUAAUACAUGCACAGCCUGCCAAAGUAAUUGUGAGACAUGCUAUUAUCACAAUGGCGCUAAAAAGUGCGGUAAAUAUGGAUGCAACAAAUUAAUGGGAAGACCAUCUGACGGUACUUGUACAGCAUGCCCUGUUGGAUGUGAAGAAUGUACUGAUUCAUCUGGAACUAAUAUCUGUGACAGUGGUAAAUGUUUUGGUACUUAUCAGGAAGUUACAGGAAAUACUUGUCUUAAAUGUUACACUGGAUGCAAACAAUGUUCUAUUUCAACAACAACAAAUAUGAUGGGAUGUUUAUCUGGCCAAUGUGACAGCGCCUAUACUCAAUUAAGUGACCUCUCUUGUUAUAGUUGCCCAACUAACUGUAAAUCGUGCACUUAUACACAAUCUUCAUCAUGGACAAAGUGUAGUACUUGCAUGGAUCGUUACGUUAUGAAUUCGGCUGAUAAAUCUUGCAAUAGUUGCCCUAGCAGCUGUGCCAAGUGCAGCUGGCAGUCAUCUCAAUCUGUUUGUAACAUUCAACAAUGCGAUUCUGGAUAUGUACAAAAUCCAAAUGAUAAAACCUGUAUAGCUUGCCCUGCUGGAUGCGCUGAUUGUUUUUACGAUACAGCUACGUCUGGUUCAAAAUGUUAUACUGGAGCAUGCAGGAUGGAUUAUUAUAGUAUUACAAGUGGAGCUGUUGGAACCUGUUCUGGUUGUACUACCAACUGCAAGCAUUGUUCAGAUACAACGACAUGUUUCGACCAAAAAUGUGAAGAUGGUUAUGGACUUAAAUACAAUGAUAGAUUAUGCUAUGCUUGUUCCGAUGGUUGUAAGAACUGUGACAUUGCAACCGAUGGUACAUCGACUUGUACCGUCUGCAAAGCUGGUUACGCAAUGAAAGAUGACACUAAAACUUGUGUAGUAUGCCCAGAAAAUUGUCUAUCUUGUGUCUAUGACACCGGCAUCUCAAAGACCAAAUGUAAUGAUAAUCAAUGUAAAGCUGGUUACACCCAGAAUCCAGGAAACGAUCAAAAAACCUGCGUCAAAUGUAAUACUUGCACAUCCUGUACUUUUGACUCUGUUAAUCCAGACACACCAAAAUGCGUUGUUGGAACAUGCCCAUCUAAACAAGCUGUUAAGGAUUCUGAUUCACAAUGCGGAAAUUGUCCACAAAAUUGCUUAGCUUGCAAUGGAAAAUUGGAAUGUACCCAAUGUGUGGCGAGAUUUGCCUUACAAGCAUCAGAUAAAGUUUGUUACGCUUGCCCAGCGAACUGUCACACAUGCACUCUUACUGGAACUGGACAGACUGGUUGCAGUUCUAGUGGAUGCGAUUCUACCUAUGCUCUUAAAACUGACAAAACUUGCAUGAAAUGUCCCGAUAACUGCAUUGAAUGUACUUUCAAUUCUGAUACUAGUAAAACUGAAUGUAAGACAUCGAGAUGCAACUCUAGAUACGCUCUUACAACAACUGAUAAAACAUGCAUGAAGUGUCCUGACAACUGCUUUGAAUGUGAUUAUGCAACUGGAGGAAAAACAGAAUGUAAGACAGACAAAUGCGAUGCAACUUACGGCUUAAGAGUCAAUGACAAGAAAUGUUAUAAAUGCCCUGAUAACUGCAGAAAAUGUCCAGAAACGAAUGGAAUUCUUAUCUGUACUGAAUGUAACUCUGAAUUUACUUUACAAGAAGCUAGUUGCGCUAGAUGCCCAAAAUACUGUGUGAAAUGCUCCGAAGAAUCAGGUCAAGGAUUGAAAUGCUCCGAGUGUCAAGCCAGAUACAUUCUAAAUGAAGUGAAAACCUGUUCUGCCUGCCCUGAUAAUUGUGCUGUUUGCAGUAGAGUUAACAAGCAAUCUCAUUGUUCUCAAUGUGAUGCUGGUUAUACAGUGAACACUGCCAAAACUUGCACAAAAUGUCCAUCAAAUUGCAUGAGUUGUUCGUACAAAAAUGGCAAAGCUGAAUGUAACAAAUGUUUAUCUGGCUAUGGAAUUAACGCAGAGAAAGGAUGCUCGCUAUGCCAAGAUUUAACAGCAGUAGUUGAAUGCUCCACUUGCACUGGUGCUGAUGCUACAGGAAAAGGAAAAUGUUUAAGCUGUAAAUCUGGUUUCGGUCUUAAGGACGAUCACAAAACAUGUUUGCCUUGCUCGGACUUGAAAGAUUGUCAAGCUUGCGAAGACAGACCAAUUGAAUGUUCCAAAUGUUCUGCUGGUUUUUCACCUACUUUGGAAAAAACGCAAUGCGGAAUUAAUUGCUUCUACUGUAAUAGAUCAACAGAAUGUAAGACACCACCGUCCCAAUCUAAUGAAACUGCCAGUCUUUGUAUACCGGGUCUUGGUCAAACUUGUUGGAUGUACAGAUACGAAGAAAAUAACGUAAUUGAACAUUCACGAGGAUGCUUCAAUUCAAGCGAUUGUACUUCAAUAAAUAAAGCUGAAAAUUGUCAAACUGCCAAUGGAAAGAAGGAAUGCCGAAAAUGCUGUACAACUGACAAAUGUAAUAAGGAAAUAUUGAAUGGAUUUUCUGCCAAGGCUGGAACAAUUAGGUCGAAUUGGAUGAUAAUAGGGUUCGCAUCUCUUAUAGCGACACUUUCAUCCUUUCUCGGUCUAAUGACCGUCUAAAAUGAAAUUGAUACAAGUAUAAAUUUUCAUACUAAGUAGUUUUGCACCUAUAUAACAAAAAUUAUUAGUUUAAAGUAUAUAUAACUCCAUUAUUAAAAAAGAACUUGUGAAUAGGAGAGUAAUUGACUACUUUUUAAAGAAUUAUCCCACCUGAUUACUACCUAUUUUCUACCUCGAUUUUAAAAAGACGUCUCGAAUACUUAUUACAAAAAACUUUUGAGGUUAGGGAAGAUAUUGUAUUCUUCUCUAGACGUUAAAAGCACAAGUCUUUUAAGAAGUUGAUAUUUUUUAUAUAUAUAUAUACAUUAAAAACAUGAAGCUAUUUUGCUGAAAAUUUUGUUAUAUGUAAAAAAUAUCUUCUAACAGAUUUUUUUGAUUAAUCUAUUUUUAACUUUACGGAUUGAAAAAUCAUCUUUUAAAUGAAGAAUAAUUUAUUGUUUUAAUAACAAAAAAAAAUCAUUUAUUAGAUGAUUUUCCUCCAAAAUGAACUUUCUCUUUUAGACUUCCAUGAAGUAAUUUGUAACGGAAAUUGUCAUCAUCUAUAAAGUAUGAAAUCAAUAACUUUUACAAUUUAUCAUAUAAAUUGUUCUAUAUGAUAAAUCUUCCAUGCAGUAUUAGUCUUAAACAAGAACAAAAAUAUUACAGUAUGAGCCCUAUUAUAUAAACAAAUGUAAAAUGGGUGAUGUAAUAUGUUUUUGUAAUUUUGAAGGUACUCUCUAAAACUUAUUAUUCAAGAGAUAAUAACUAUAAAAUCUAAUAUAGUUAUUAUUUUAUGCCAAUACUAAUUGAUUUCAUUCUUUAAUAUUUUGUUCGAGAUUUUAUAAAAUAUAUGAUCCAUUUUUUUUAUAUGGUGACCAAUAAAAUCUCGAUAAUGAUAAUGAUGUUGCAGUUGCUGAGUUAACUGUGAGAAAAUGUUUGAUAAUGAACUAUUAACGUUGUGUUAUUUUUCUGAAAGCUUGAAAAAAGAUACUAUUUUAAAAAAACAUUAAAAAAAUUCAAUACAAAAUUAUGAAAAAUGCAAACAAAUUAACGUUUUCAUUA